AUGCGCCUUACCGAUCGAGCCUAUGUCCUCGCGUUAGCUUUGCUUGCAUUGCCUUCCCUAACUUCGGCUUUUUACUUGCCAGGCGUUGCACCAACUUCUUAUGACGAAGGACAAGCUGUUCCUCUCUUUGUCAACCACUUGACUCCAAGUCUUUCCCGCGAUGACCAACUUCACUCAGUCUUCUCAUAUGACUACUAUCAUCCUGCCUUUGGGUUCUGUCAACCAGCUGAUGGUCCCAAAGAUGUGAGAGAAUCAUUGGGCAGCAUCCUGUUCGGUGAUCGGAUCCGUACCUCACCAUUCGAGCUGAAAAUGGCAAAGAAUGAGACCUGCAAAUCGAUCUGCGCUGAAACCAAAUUUGACGCCCGCAGUGCCAAGUUCACAAAUCGCCGUAUCUCUCAAGGUUACAACAUCAACUGGCUCGUUGAUGGUUUGCCAGCUGCACAGCUGAACUAUGAUGGGGUGACCAAGACCAAAUUCUACAGUCCCGGCUUCGCUCUAGGUGACUUGGAUGACAGUGGGAAAGCUCUGCUCAACAAUCAUUAUGACAUUAUGAUCGAUUAUCACAAGGUUGGAUUUGGUGGCAAGGACAAAUACCGCGUUGUUGGAGUGCUGGUCCAGCCUGAAUCUCGUCGGGACUCUCGGAAUUCCGAUGAGCCGGGCAAGGCUGAGUGUGGCACCCAGGGUGAUGCUCUGUCGCUCAACGAAGAUGGAGAAACCACUGUCACUUGGACGUACAGUGUUUACUGGAAGGAAUCCCCCACUGCCUGGGCCACUCGCUGGGACAAAUACCUUCACGUCUUUGAUCCCAAGAUUCACUGGUUCUCUCUCAUCAACUCCGCUGUUUUCGUGGUGUUCCUCGUAGGCAUGGUCAGCAUGAUUCUCAUCCGGGCCCUGAAAAAGGACAUCGCUCGCUACAACCGAUUGGAUUCGUUCAAUCUGGAAGACUUGGAUGGCACAUCAGCCGCCAUUGAAGAUGGUGUUCAAGAGGAUUCUGGGUGGAAGCUUGUCCAUGGUGAUGUGUUCCGGUGCCCCAAGUCCCCAUUGCUGCUGAGUAUCAUGUUGGGAAAUGGAGCCCAGCUUUUCAUGAUGACCGGCGUGACGGUCGCCUUCGCUUUGCUCGGUCUCCUGUCUCCCUCGAACCGCGGUUUGCUGGCUACUGCCAUUCUGCUGAUCUCCGCUCUCUUUGGUGGCAUUGGCGGGUAUGUCUCGGCGCGAGUGUACAAGACUUUUGGCGGCGAUGCGUGGCGACGGAACAUUAUUAUGACACCUCUCUUUAUCCCCGGUAUCAUCUUUGGUGCUUUCUUUAUUCUGAACCUAUUCGUCUGGGCCAAGGGCUCCAGUGGUGCCGUGCCCUUCGGGACCAUGCUGGCUCUGGUUUUGAUUUGGUUUGUUAUCAGCGUGCCACUGAGUGUGGCCGGCAGCUGGCUGGGAUUCAAGCAAGCGGUGAGUCAACUCUGGUCUUCUAAAUGUCCUCUCCAGCUAACAAGAAGUAAACAGUCCAUUGAGGGUCCUACCAAGACGAACCAGAUCCCCCGUCAAGUUCCCCCGAUGGCCGGUAGCUUGCGCACCAUCCCAUCCAUUUUGCUUACCGGCAUCCUGCCUUUCGGGGCGAUCUUUGUCGAGCUGUACUUUAUCAUGACCUCCCUCUGGACCAACAAGAUCUAUUAUAUGUUCGGGUUCUUGUUCCUCUGCUACGGCCUGAUGAUCAUCACCUCCGCGACAACGACCGUUCUGCUGGUAUAUUUCUUGCUGUGCGCAGAGAACUACCGGUGGCACUGGCGGGCCUUUGCAGGUGCUGGUAUGACCGGUGGAUAUGUGUUUGUGAACGCGUUGAUCUUCUGGGCCACACGGGUGAGCUUUGGUGGGUUGACUGGAGCCGUACUCUAUGUGGGCUAUUCGGCGUUGAUCUCCUUCAUUGUCUUCAUCCUAACUGGUUCUAUCGGUUUCUUCGCCAGCUGGGCCUUCAUCCAUCGUAUCUAUGGCUCCAUUAAAGUGGACUAA